AUGGCAGAGACGCCUUCACACAGGCGGCCGCGCACGCGCAGACCGCGCCGCUUCUCCCCUCCCCGUUCCGAUUCCCGCCGGAAGAUGCCCCGUCCCCGCCGGGAGGUUGGACCGGCGGCGGGCGGGACGGGGCGGUGCCGCGGCGGUGCCCGGCUGUGGGCGGUUCGAGGCUCGGGCUCGCCGCCUCCGCCGGCACGUCUCCGACACCCUCGCGAGGUAAGCGCCCGCCGGGAAACCGGGGAGCGGGUGAGGAAGUUGGGCCACCCCGCCCCGCCCCGCCCCUCCCGCUUCCCGGCGGGUCCCGUGGCCCCCGGGCCCCCCGCACCCAGUGCCCCCCGCGCCCCCGACCGGGACCGAGAGCCCGGCGGCGGCUCCUCCCCGGGCCUGUCCACCGCUGCCGCGGGGGGAGCGGGCCGGCCGUGCCCUGUCGCCGGAGGGAGCCGGGGAGGGGGCGCCCAGCGGCGUCCGGCACCAUCCCGGCACCAUCCCGGUACCCUCGCCCUGCCCUGGCGGCGCUGGCCGCGGGAGCUCCUGGCCGGGGAUACGGUCUCCCCGCCAGGCCCUGCCCCAGGAGGGUGUCACGGCGGGGCACUGGGGCGGGUGACACCGGGCCACGCUUGGAGGCCUUCCCUUCCUUUCCCUUCCCGUCCCCCCGAGUUCUGCCUUGGCCGUCAGCCGGGACGGCUCAGGUGCGAGACCCCCGCGCCCUGUCCAGCAGGUGGGCAUCCAUCCUCAGCCCCCUACCGUAAGGACUGGAGGAUGUAG